GGUCUCGUACAGCCGGGGCGAUUCCGAAACUUACCCAAAACUAUAUUCACGAGUGCUCUACAAGUACAACCGUGAAAGUUUCAUUCGGAAUAACGCAGCCGUUUUCGAGGAAUUUGUCGAAACACAUCGUAAUAGCAGACGACGGAACCUGCGCUUCCCUCUCAUGUAACGUCACGUAUGACGUCGACCCGCGGGUGGCUCUGGUAGUGCGCCCAUUGGCUGAGCAGAAAAGAAAGCAGCUGUGUGCAUUCGGCGCGGUUGCCAUGGUAAUUGUAAGUAGCUGGGGUCGUAGGUAGUUGACGCACGACGUAGUCAUGUCUGACAGCGAAUUUAGCAAUAGCGACGAAUCCCUGUCGCUCAGCGGUGACGAGAAUGAUUUUAUUGACGUCGAUCGGCUGAAUUACGAGGAUAUCGACGAUCCUUACGAGGCUGACCCUUUGCCACAACAACGUGGUCAACAAGUGGAAGUUGUAGACGAUAUUCAACCGAUUGACUUUAGGUGCAUGUGUAGCCACUGCUCGCCGCAGGAGGUUGACGAAUAUGUGUGUUGCAUGGCUGUCGAUCGCGUGGUGCCUGUUGUUAACGGCGCCGGCGUUCGCUGCAUCACGCAACAUGUGUUGUUCCCCGACUUCUGUACACGCCGGGAACUUUUGAUAGUUAACGGCGCUCCGUAUCGGCGACACAGCCGUGAGCUACGGCCACUGGAUCCGAACGACAACAGGUGCAUCAGAUAUGCAGCAUAUGCAUGUUUCACCAAUUGGAUAUGGGGGUACCUUGGCCCAAGGAACAGACGUCAGAUUCCAGGCUGUGUUGUGCGCACUAUUCGGAACCUGUUCCCAUCUGCCACGUACACAGGCUACUUCCCGUGAAAGGGAUAAAAAAUUGUUGCCAACACCACUGCAGGAAGAACAUGGUCUUGGAUGGACUUCUGAAAGAUGCUGUUCUCGGUAUCCACCCCAGGAAGCAUUGGAAGGUUGUCAACCUGGUGGGCAGAGGCAUUCCAUUCAUCGUCAUUGUGCCAGGAGGAGAUGACAGACACAAAGAUCCACAUAAGCUGAUCUACGUCGAGACCUUCACUUACCCCUCGUCUAAGGAAAAAAAGGCCCUUUUCAGGGACAUCCCACAUGCCUGUAGCAAAGACUGUGCCUCUGCAUAGAACAAGCCCUUAUCUUCAUUACUUUGCAUCAACAUUUCUAGGAAAACAUUGUGGAAAUUCCCACAAAUAGGGAAAGCUUCAAUAGAAUACCAGUAUGACCAAUAGACAGCUUUACGCAAACACGCAAUGUCAUAAGAUUGGAGCUACUGAUUCUAUUGAUGAACAUGGCAAAUUUCCAAAUCUUUCUCUCUCACACUUUUUUUGCAUUUAUCUACUACACAUGCAUUGUUUCUUGCAGGUAUCACCUAUGCAAUAGUGCGUAGUUUGUCAAAUGAAUACAGGAGCAACUUGUCUGAAGCAGUCAGUGGGACGGCGAGCCACGUCUUCUUCACCUUGGAUGGUUUCAGGCGGUACUGCUUUGCACCAUCUUCCACCAGCUGGACGCGAUUUUCAAUUGCUCACCUUCCUUCAGCCAUUCCCUUGGGGGGGACACUGGCCCGUGGUAGCAGACAGGGUACCGAGGGUCUUCGUGUUGAUGGACGUCAACGAUAUGGUUCAUCAAGGACACCCAUUUAGCCCGGCACAGUUCACCAUCAUCCCCACUGGUUUUGGGGCACCAGUAGGCAUGCCGAACUAUACUCUCGAUCCACAGCUGCACCACCUGAUGCUUUGCUGUGCGACCGAGAGCAAGAAGUUUCUUCUUGAUACCUGUUAUAAGCACACAUGUAAAA